ACUCACAUGCAGCCCCUCCCCGCGAAGGGAGCGAGAGGACAGAGGGACGAGGUGAAGAAAAGAUGGAGUUAAAGAGGAAAUGGAAAUCAGGAUUACUGGUGUGACAGCACCGGCAGAUGAGCGGGCAGUGCAGCGGUGAGGGGGAGAGAGAGAGAGAGAGAGAGAGAGAGAGAGAGAGACUCUGGUGGGGAAAAGAAAAAAGGAAAGAAACCAGUGCAACAGGAUGAGGACCUGCUAGUGGCACAGUCAGCCCGACCCCCGCAGACCUGCCAUCUGUCCCUCUGCUGCCUCCGAGUGCCCGACGCUCCCGCCAUCCAACCACAUCUGGAUCACCUCGCAUCCAUAUGGCAACGAGGACGAGGAGGGGGGGCUGAAAAAAAAAAAGAGAACCGAGAAUCUUAUCCUCCCCUCAUCCUUUUUUUUUUAUCACACAGGACCCUCAGAAGUCACAUCAUCACCUCGGGAUCAUUUGCUGCGGAGUAUCUUAUAACCGGAGGAGGGGGGGAAACUUUUGCCCCAGACAUGCACAGGCGUGCACAGGACCCCCCCCCCAUCACGACCGCCUGUGAGAUUGUCUAACUUGCCAUGGAUCUGCCGUGCCCCUUAGCCCCGAGCAGGGAGAGGGAGAGGGAGACAGAGGAGGUGGAGAGGGGGAGAGAGGAGGAGACGGCGGGGAAGCGUUGCCGCCGCUGAAGUGUUUUCCCGCGUUGGUGCCCCUCUGCUGAAGAGGCAUUUGACCCCCCCACCCACCCCCCCUUUCGCUCCUCUCCUCAUCCGCCCGGCGGGGAGCCUGAGGGAUACAGACAGAGAUCAACACAGUGGGUCUGUGCACACAUGCACACUUACGCGCACCGGCUGGCCGCUCCGCCGUAUACGCGCGCUCCCGCGCUCCUCGUCGCCGUCGCCCUCCUCUUCGGUGUCCUGUCUCCACCUCCGGGGACACUUUUACAUUUGGAGACACGCGCAGAGAAAAAGAAAAGUGAGGGCAAAGUGAGGAGUCACGCAUACGCGCGCCGUCACGUUGUCAGGUCUUCGAGGGGCGCGCGUAGACAUCCAAUGCUGCCAAACGCGCGCGCGCGUAUCCCCGCACGGAGGCUUGGUCUAAACGCGUACUCCUACAGGUCCUGCAGGAGACAGGUGAACACCAGGUGAAAAGGAAUCAGAAAGAGAGAGAGACACACACACAUUUGGAGGAAAGCAGCCGGGGGAAGGAAGGAUGAAGCAGCAGGAGUUCAAGUUGGAUGACAGCAGAAAGGACAGGCACUAGGCCACCAACAUGGUCGUUCCCAGGGGACAUCCUCCUCCCUUUCCUUGGCCUCCUCUCUUCCUCCUCAUCCUCCUCCUCACCUCCCCGCUCCGGCUGGAGGCCCGACCGCUCCUCCUCCACCCAUCUAUCAACGUGGCUGUGGUGUUAAGCGGCUCCAGCUACCAGAAUGAGGUCAGAGGUCGCCUCGGCGGGGAAAACUUUGUGGACCUGCCCAUCGUGGUCAGCCCUGUGAUCGUGCUGGUCAACGACACCAACCCCCGAGACCUGCUGACGCGUCUCUGCGACACCAUGGCCAUGGAGAAGCUACACGGCGUGGUGUUCGAGGACGAUGUGGGCGCUGGUGCCGACACUCAGGUGGCCGAGGUGGCGCAGAUCCUGGACUUCCUCUCCACUCAGACAGCUCUGCCGAUCGUGGGCAUCAGUGGCGGCUCUGCAGUUGUCAUACCGUACAAGACUGAAGGAUCCUCCUUCCUGCAAAUGGGAGCAUCUCUGGAGCAGCAGAUUAUCAGCAUGUUUAAGCUAAUGGAAGAGUACGACUGGGGCGAGUUUGCAGUGAUAACCAGUUUGCUACCGGGAUACGACACCUUUGUAGAUAUAAUUCAGUCCUACACGGACACCUCGUAUUUCCUGUGGAAUCUACAGGAUAUCUUGACCCUGGAAAUGUCUGUUGGCUCGAAUGACGGAAGGACCAAACGCUUGCUGCAGCAGGUGGAUUCUCAGGUGCUGAUGGCGUACUGCUCUUUUGAGGAGGCGCAGUACCUGUUUCAACAGGCAGCUGAGGUGGGUCUGCUGGGGCCCGGCUACAUCUGGAUGCUCACCAGUCAGGCCGUCGGCAACCCCGACUUCCCUCCACCCGUCAGCUUCCCCAUCGGCGUUAUUGGCGUGAUUACGGACCAGUGGAGGAAGAACUUGCGGCAGAGAGUGAGGGAAGGUGUUGCCAUCGUAGCGAAAGGAGCCGAGAGCUUCAAGAAUCAGUACGGGUUCAUUCCCGAGGGACACGGCAACUGCAACAAAAUGGCUAAACACUCAGACAACAAUACUCUGUUCAGGCACAUGUUGAAUGUGACGUGGGAAAGGAAAGAUCUGUCAUUCAAUAAUCAAGGCUUCCUCUCCAAUCCCUCCAUGGUCAUCGUCGCUCUGGACCGAGACAGACUCUGGGACAAGGUCGGGACGUACGCUCAAGGGAUCCUCCAGGUUCGUUACCCGGUCUGGCCUCGGUACGGCAGCUUCCUGGAGCACGUGUCCGAUGACCGUCACCUGACCGUGGCCACGCUGGAGGAGCAUCCCUUCGUCAUGGUCGAGAACGUGGACCCGGGCACCGGCACGUGUGUCCGCAACACGGUGCCCUGCAGGCGCCAGUCCAAUUACACAGCGAGUGGCGAGGCCACAGAGUGGAACGUUAUGGGCCACGCAGAGUCCUACACCAAACUGUGCUGCAAGGGCUUCUGCAUAGACAUCCUGAAGAAACUGUCCCGCACCAUCAAGUUCUCCUAUGACCUCUACCUCGUCACCAACGGGAAACACGGCAAGCUGGUUCGCGGGACGUGGAACGGCAUGAUCGGAGAGGUUGUGUACAGACGAGCCGACAUGGCCAUCGGCUCUCUCACCAUCAACGAGGAGCGCUCGGAAAUCAUCGACUUCUCCGUGCCGUUUGUCGAGACGGGCAUCAGCGUCAUGGUGGCCCGCAGCAACGGGACGGUUUCCCCGUCUGCCUUCCUCGAGCCCUACAGCCCAGCAGUUUGGGUUAUGAUGUUCGUGAUGUGCCUGACCGUGGUGGCGGUGACAGUUUUUGUGUUCGAAUACCUCAGUCCAGUUGGUUACAACCGAAGCCUGGUGAGCGCCAAAACACCUGGUGGCCCAACAUUCACCAUCGGGAAGUCAGUGUGGCUGCUGUGGGGCAUCGUCUUCAACAACUCGGUCCCCAUCGAAAACCCGAAGGGAACAACCAGUAAGAUCAUGGUCCUGGUCUGGGCCUUCUUCGCUGUGAUCUUCCUGGCCUCAUACACUGCCAACCUGGCUGCCUUCAUGAUCCAGGAGCAAUACAUCGACACAGUGUCCGGGCUCUCCGACAAGAAGUUCCAAAAACCGCAUGAGCAUUACCCUCCUUUUCGCUUCGGGACGGUUCCAAACGGGAGCACAGAGAGGAACAUCCGCAGCAACUACCCCGACAUGCACAUGCACAUGACAAAGUACAACCAGAAGGGGGUUGAAGAAGCUCUGGAAAGCCUCAAAACCGGGAAGCUGGACGCCUUCAUUUACGACGCUGCGGUUUUGAACUACAUGGCUGGGAAGGACGAGGGCUGCAAGCUGGUAACCAUCGGCAGCGGGAAAGUGUUUGCCACCACGGGAUACGGCAUUGCUCUGCAGAAGGACUCCCGCUGGAAGCGUCUUAUUGACCUGGCGCUGCUGCAGUUCCUUGGAGACGGAGACACUCAGCGCUUAGAGACCGUGUGGUUGUCGGGCAUCUGCCAGAACGAGAAGAACGAAGUGAUGAGCAGCAAGCUGGACAUUGACAACAUGGCGGGCGUCUUCUACAUGCUGCUGGUGGCAAUGGGCCUCAGCCUGCUGGUCUUUGCCUGGGAACACCUGCUUUACUGGAAGCUACGACACUCCCUCCGCAAGUCUCACAAACUCGACUUCCUGUUGGCCAUCAGCAGGGGUAUUUACAGUUGUUACAAGGGAAUGGAGGAUCCUGGGCAUUCGUCUGGUUUUGCAAAACCAGACCUGACCUCCAACUACGCUCAAGCAAACAUGCUAAAGAUGCUUCGCACUGCCAAGGACCUAGUCUCCACUGCCAAUGUUGAGACCUCUCUGGACAACGCCACCAAGACCAUACAGCAGUUAAGUCGUCAUGGCGGCAGCUUGCCCGUUCGUAUUCCACAGGUGGCAAUGGAGGCUGUGCCAGGAGGAUUUGCUUAUAUUACGGAGAAUCAUUGCCCCCUAACCCCACCUCUGACCGCUGUUUCCUCCCUGAAACAGCAGAGGGGAGUCGCCAGGCCCACGCCACUGCGCUACACGCUCCCGACUCGCUCUACUCCAUGUCUGUAUGACCGGCCACUUCCUGUGUCCAGCCUCAGCAGCCCCCACCUGGCCAUGGGUGAGCAGCCACCUCAUCAGCACCUGCACCAGUACCAGACGACAGGAAGACUGUACAUAGACCCCCAUUCUCAGUUGCCCUACAUCCCCUACACAGAUCUCCAACUCCCUGACAUCUACGCCUCUCAUCCGGUCUCCCUGCCUCAAAACCAGCAUGGCCAAGCGGGCUUCUCCCAACGGAAGAGGAGGUCCAAGAGUUUCCAGUGUGAGGAUGGGGAUUUAGAGAGGAGAAAACACAGAGACCAGGAAAAGAAAGGCAUAAGUCCGGUCUAUCUGAGUGAACUCAAAGCCAACCACCUCCAAGAGAACCACAUCUCCGCCCCCAAUGUUAACAGCAUGUACUCAGGGGAGAGGAGGUGUCCUCGGGUAGAGAACUACAGCUCCUGGCCCCCGGAGGAUCUGAUGCUGAGAGGAAGACGCAGGCACCGCCGUCCCUCCUUCCUCAAAGCGACUUGGGGCAGCGAGCAGGUGCGGCAGCUGGACGAAUCCCAGUCAUCCCUGUCCAGCCAAUCCCCUUCCACCCUGCCAGACCUGUUCCCAUGCAUUCUUACACCAACCACACCUGCAAAGCCCUACAACCCCGCCCAACUUCGAAACAGCCUGUGCCUCCCUAGGAACCAGGCCUACCUCCACAUAAGGGAGGACCAGAGGAGGGCCAAUGGGCGCAAGGUCCAGAAGCUGCGCCACUCCCAUUCCACCCACCUACCCACGUAUGGCGAAGCAGUACGACACGGGACAGGGUUAGGGCGGGGGAUGGUACGGAGAGCCACCAGCUUGCUCAGCAGACAGUACGCCCACUACCUGAACUCGUACCCUGGACUACCCAUCUACCAUGGCCCCCUAGACCUACAGCACCACAGCCAGGCUUCCAGCAACCACCCCGGUGCCAGCCCGGUGUGUCAGCUGCUGGCUUGUGGUGGCGGAAGAUGUGGAAGCCAGCGGGCUCUGCUCUACCAGGACAGUGUGUAUGGGGCUUAUGGGGUCUAUCAGGGUUCCCAGACUGGAUCGGAGGCCUUGGCAGGUCAGGCAGCAAGGGCUCAGCCUGCAGGGAGUCCCUGUGUACUUCGCCCAUGGCGAAGGGUGUCCAGUCUGGAGUCUGAGGUCUGAUGGGAGUCUCAAAGGACCCACAAGAUAGACACUGUGGAUUAACAGAGGGAAAGACUCUUGUGAAGAGAAGACAGUGGUUAGAUUCAUAAGCGGGAGGGAUGGUAUAACUUGAAUUAAGUGUUGGUUUUCUAUGUGCCCUUGUAUGGUAAAAAUAGAAGUUUGAAUCUGCAUAUUUUACAUAUGUUUAGGACUUUUUUGAUGUAUUCUAGAGUAAGAUAUGAAGACUCCACUGUUACCAUUUUAUCCGCAAGAAGCUGAGUUUUACCCACUUGCUUCUUUCCCACAAUGCUUAUGUGUUUUCUGUGCUUUAAGAUUUACAACAGUUCACAUUGUUGGCGCAUGGUUAAACUAUAACCAGUUUUCAUGCUGUGUGUUGAUGUAUAUUUUAUUCUGAAUGGUUGGGAUUCAGUCUCGGGAGUCUUUGAAAUAAAAGGAACUUUUUAACAGCUACUUUGAUAAAUAGUGACGUAAUAAGAUAAAACAGCCACCAAAUACAAGCAGCCACUGUAGCAAGAUUUUGGAAAACGUACAUAUGAAGAGUUUAGUUCCAAAAGAAGACAUUCAAUAUUAAGAAACUCCAGACACAGAAGAGCAGCAGUUUUCAUGAAUGAAAUAAUCAUUUAAGACAUUUGUUAAUAUAUAUAAGAUAAGGUAUAUUUAAAUAUUCAUUAUCUUUUGGAGAGAAAUCCUUCAAGUCGCGAUUUAGGGAUUAGAUAGAGGAAGCAGACUUCGUAAAAGCAGUCCAUAUGAACACAAUCUGCUAAUUGAUAAAAGUAUUUGGACAGCACUGACCAGCACUAGUUGUCUUAAACAUGGAUUUUUCUUCCUUACUGGGUGUCAGUAUGAGGCUGCAGUACAGCACGACAUCACACAGGGCCUCACAAUAAAUAAAUUCAGCAUCUUAUAACUAUAUUGAUAUAAAGAAAAUGUGUUAUUUGAGGAUGGUUAGUGUCACGUUCAUGUAUUCUACAUAUAAUAUAAAUUUAUUGUCACUCUUCGCAUUUUGUAAUCACCAUUUUGGCACAUUAUUUUUUGUAAAGCUUUUGCCAAUUUACUUAAAUAUUUGUUAUAACUUUAUCAGUCGGCCUAUAUUAAGAUUUCCAUCACUAUCUAUUUUCAACUCUUUUAUAUCCACUCAUUAUCCCUGUUUUCCACAUCCCCUUCAAUGGUUAAAUGAGGUAAUGAAAGAUAUUCCAGUAUCUAUAUUACCUGGCUCCCUUACCCUGUAUUUAAUCACUUAGACCAAUUAAAGAGCCUUUUGGAUUAACGUGCA